AUGGUUGACACAUUACACCCAUCUCCUGAGGUGAUUGCUACUUGGCCUAAACCGAACUAUGUCAAUCCUGACACAAGAGGCCCGGGCCUGGUGUACAUGUGUAUCGUAUUCGCCGCCAUUGGCAUCAUUACAUGUACAGCCCGAGUAUACUCACGACUGUUUAUAACCAAGGCACCUGGUCUGGAUGAUCUCCUGGUGGUUAUCGCCCUGGGGUUCCUGACCGCCUUGACCGUCCUGGUCAUCAUCGGCAAUAAAAAAUACUAUAGCGGCCGACACAUCUGGGACAUACCACCCGACAGCUUUGUUGGUGGACGUGCCAACAUCUGGGCCAGCCUGUGGUGCUAUGUUAUCGGCAUCACCUUGAUCAAAAUUUCUGUCCUGUUGUUCUAUCGCCGUCUCAGCGUCAAAUUUAGCAGGGCCUUCCUGAUCGCAACGUGGAUUGGCAUCAUUUACAACGUCCUGUAUUUCCUCUCCUUUGGCCUGACGCUCUUGCUGCUCUGCAGUCCCCUGCACUCGUACUGGGACAGCUUCAACCCCGUCUGGGCCGCGACGCACCACUUCCACUGCGGUUCCGAGGGUGCAGCGCUCCCUGCGUCGUCUGCGUUCAGCGUGGCGGGUGACUUUUACAGUACCCUGCUCCCGCUCAUCCUGGUCUACUACCUGGAACUCCCGCGGCGGCAGAAGAUCGCCCUGUACGCGCUGUUCGCGCUCGGCUUCAUGGCCGUCGCUGCCGGGCUGGUCCGGACGGUGCUGAUGUACAACUUGCUGAACGUCGACUACGACUUCACCUGGGAGCUGUGGCUGACCUGGAUCUGGGCGAUUUUGGAGCUGUACCUGGCCCUGUUCGCCGCCAGCGCUCCGAGCCUGAAGCCGUUCUUUCGACAUUUCUUUGUCGAGUCGCUCACCAGCCUUGCGAGGGGCUCGAGAAGACGCGGCGAAUAUGGCCAUGACAACAGCCAAGGCACUGGGGUGGACCCCAUGUCAGGGAAAGACUUGGGAGGAGUUGGAGGGAAAGGGUUGGGGACAUUCACGUCCGAGACGACCAAAGGUGACGCCAGCGUGACCUUUACGACCGACCUCGAAGGAGGCAGAGGCCCUUGGGAAGGUGAACGGAACGAAAGGGCGGGAUCUCGCCAGAGUUGGUUCCUGGCCGAUGGUGAGAGCGACGACAACGGGACGAAGCAUUUCGAACUCCGGGCCAGCCAGGACGGGAAGAAGAUGAUUCCCAUGCGCGUGUACAAGCGCAGUGACUACCCUACCUACGACAUCCCCGAGAGAUCUUCCGAAGACCCCUUUGCCGACGCUGGCGAACGUACCCAGCCCUUCCACCAGCAGUACCAGUCACACCCCGCGUCUGCGGAAGAAGCCACGACGGCAUUACCCCAGCGGCCAGACUGGCCUCUACCCAUUAUGAUGCCGCCGGCGCCGUCGACGCCGCCGCAGACGACGCCAACAAUGAUGAUGAUGGGGACGGAACAGCAACACGAGCCGCGCGAGUUCCUGGCCAACCCGCGGCUUUCUUCGCCGCCCUACUUGGAGAAAUAG